AUGGCGGCGCCGGAAGCGAACACGGCCGUUCGCCGGAGACGGCUUCGAAGGCGCCGGCAGGACAAACCCGCGCUCUCGGCGCGUCUCGUUCUCGACGACCACAUCAAAAGUGACAUCGGUAUUGUCUCUGAGGACGUGUUUGCAGAGCUGUUUCCGCACCUUCAGACUGACUACGACGAAGACGACGCGGCCCCGAACCUCCCCACUAGCCCCCUACACAUCGCGAUUGCGCCAUGGGCGCCCUCCCACUCUCCCGAGUCUACAAGCUGGGCUGUCGUCCCCGUCACCCCGUCAUCUGCCCUUGCGCGGUCUACCAUCCAGUUCUCCCCCUCGUCUCUAGCCCUGCAGUCCUUUGCCUUGGACCUGAAGCGGGUUGCGCCGUCACAGCUCAACACCCGGAGUAGGAGUGGAAUCGAGAUUCUGGUGCUGGAUGUGGCGGCCAUUGAGCUGGAUGCCGUUUUUGUGAACCUCGAAGGGGAAUUGGCCAAACGGUUGGAGAAUGGAGAAGGCACAUUCUUCCGGGAGCACCCAGUUGUGCAAGCUGGCAGAAUUCCAGUCCCAUCAACACCCGAGGGACGGUUGACGACCGCUCUGCGCACCGCGCUCAGCAACCUGAAGGUUGUCCACACCGGCGACCUCUUCCCGCUGCCGCUGGCACCACACCCCGUCACCCACGUUCCCCCGAACCCAGGCAAGAUCACCCUUUGUGAGCCGGUCGCCCAAGGAAUCCUAGGCCCUAACACCAAGAUCAUUGUCUCCCGGGGCCGAAUUCACUCUAAACACGGCCGCACAUCGGCCCCAAUGCCACAAAGCCCUGCUCUAAACGGAGCCGCCACAGACGACGACGAUACGGCGAACGAUCAAUUCUUCUCUGCGGCCGAAGAAGGGGCUCGUACUGCGGCCGAGGAAACUGACGCGACCGCCACCGAGACGGAGUUUGACGAUGAGCCGGAGAUGGGGGAGGAAGAGGAAGAGGAAGAGGAAGAGGAAGACGCCUUGUCGGAUGAUUCAAUGGAAGAGAUGUUCUCGCUCCAGGCACCCACGCUGUCGUCUACCAUCACGAGCGGGAUAGGCACGCCCGCCACGAUCGGGACCCUUGGGACCAUCGGGCGGGGCCGGAGAACGAACGGCGUAACCAGCGGCGCAGCAUCUGUGUUUUCCAACUUCACCGCAACCACAGCCCGGCCGGACAGGCCACGGGGCCGCCUAUUCAAGGCGCAGGGGCUGAUGCAGCCCAUUCCGCCCGACGUCCUGCAUCCAAAACCGACGGCGGUCGACGACGAGGAGGUUCGGGUGUACGUGGACACCAAGGACCUGAAUCGCAUCGGCUGUUUCUCCGGGGACUGGGUGCGCUUGGAGGCGUCUCAAGAGCCGCCUGCCAACGGCUUCGGCGCGUUCGGGCUUGGGAGUUUUGUGGACCAGGACCCGGAUGAGCCGAGCUGGCGUCCGGCGAGGGUCUACGGGCUCCCAGAGGGCUACUCCAGUCGCCCCGUGGCCCGCGUGCCGAGUUCCAAGCACGACGGCCGACGGUUGUCGUUCUUCGAGUCCCAGGUCCAGAGGACGCUCAGUCCGACUGUCUACCUCUCGCCGGUUACGCUUUCUAACCUAGAGAACCCGCCGUACUUGCGUGUCUCUCCCAUCAAGCGCGGCGCGCAGCCCAAGGGGCCCCUAUCCAAGACCCUGGCCCCGCUUCAGGUACCCUUUGCGCGCGAAGUGAUACUCCAGCACGUCCGGACUCCCAUCCCGGUCGAGCGAGAUGUCCAGACCGCUGUUAUGGCGGGACUGAAGUACUACUUUGAGCGGAGGCUACGCGUGAUCAAGACGGGGGAUCUCAUUGCCGUGCCCCUCGACACGCAGCUCGGCCGGGCGUUACAGGAGUCCACCGCAGCGGACGACGACUCUGCGAUCGAUGAUGUCUUGGGCAUGAUUGCCAGUGCCAGGCCAGACGGCGGUCUCAAGUACGACGAAGUCGCGUGGUUCAAGGUUGGCCAUGUUCAGCCGGUGAAGCAGGACACGGCGGAUGAGAACGAGGAAGAGGAAGACCUCUGGGGCUCCGCCGUCUGUGUCGACAUCUCCACGGCACACCUGGAGCAGACUGGCUCUGUAACGAGCCGUGUACCGGGCACGACAUCCAACCCCUGGCCAUACUACCUCGGCAUCAAGAGGCUACCGAAGCAGCAGCAAAAGGGACCGUCCAGCCCGCUGCUAAUCGAGCCAGAGCCGCAAAAGAUCUCCCCGCUGCGGAGGAAACUCCGUGAGCUCAUGGCCGCCGCGACGAGCAAGCCCGCGCUACACCUGGGUAUGCCCCCCGUCGCGAUCCUCCUCGUCUCAACGCAGCGAAGCAUCGGCAAAGCCGCCACGGCAACCCAAGCCUGCGCCGAUAUCGGCCUGCACACCUUCUCCCUCGACGCCUACGACAUCGUGAACGACUCAGGUGCCGGCGGCAGCGACGUCAAGACGGCCGGCUUCCUGACCUCGCGCGCCGAACGUGCCAUGAGCUGCGGGCCGGACUGCUGCGCGCUGCUGGUGCGCCACAUCGAGGCGCUGACGGCCGACCGCAUGGUCUCGUCCCUCAAGGAGGUCCUGGCGGACGCGAGGGUGCUGAUUGCCACCACGACCGAGGUCGAGAAGGUGCCCGAUGGGAUCCGGGCGUUGUUCACGCACGAGCUGGAGAUGACCGCUCCCGACGAGGCCGAGCGCGAGGGGAUUCUCCGGACGAUUUUGGACGACCGGGGCGUGAGUCUCGACCCGGAGGUGGACGUCGGCGGGAUCGCGCUCAAGACAGCCGCGCUCGUGGCGGGUGACUUGGUGGAUGUGGUCGAGCGAGCCCUCGUCGCGCAGCAGUCGCGGCUGGAGCAGCUGUCGAAAAAGUCCGCGACGGAGGACCAUGCCGUGACCGUACGCGAUAUCCAAGUAGCUGGCGGCCCAGCUGCGGCGGGGCUCACCAAGCAAGACUUCGAGGUCGCCGUCGAGGCCGCGCGCAAGAACUUUGCCGACGCCAUCGGUGCCCCGAAGAUUCCCAAUGUUACGUGGGACGAUGUCGGCGGGCUGAACAACGUCAAGGAGGCCGUCACGGAAACCAUCCAGCUUCCGCUCGAGCGGCCCGAGCUGUUCGCCAAGGGGAUGAAGAAGCGCUCGGGUAUCCUCUUCUACGGCCCACCUGGUACCGGCAAAACCCUGCUGGCCAAGGCCAUCGCAACCGAGUACAGCCUCAACUUUUUCAGCGUCAAGGGCCCCGAGCUGCUUAACAUGUACAUCGGCGAGUCCGAAGCCAACGUGAGGCGGGUGUUCCAGCGCGCGCGCGACGCUCGGCCGUGUGUGGUGUUCUUUGACGAGCUCGACUCGGUUGCGCCCAAGCGCGGUAACCAGGGCGACAGCGGUGGUGUUAUGGACCGGAUCGUCUCGCAGCUGCUCGCGGAGCUGGACGGCAUGUCGGGCGGCGAGGAUACGGGGGGUGGUGUCUUUGUCAUUGGUGCGACUAACCGGCCGGAUCUGCUGGACCCGGCCUUGCUUCGUCCGGGGCGGUUCGAUAAAAUGUUGUAUUUGGGCGUGUCGGAUACGCAUGAGAAGCAGCUUACUAUCAUGGAGGCCUUGACCAGGAAAUUCUCCCUCCACCCCUCCCUCUCCCUCCGCACCGUCGCCGACCGUCUCCCCUUUACCUACACCGGCGCCGACUUCUACGCGCUCUGCUCCGACGCCAUGCUCAAAGCCGUCACGCGCCAAGCCAGCCAAGUCGAUGCCCGCGUGCACGCCAUCAACGCCAACCCAGCCGCCCACCAGCUCCGCGCCCCAAUCUCAACGGCCUAUUUCUUCGAUCACUUCGCGACUCCCGACGAUCUCGCCGUGAUGGUCACCGAGGAGGACUUUAUCGAGGCCCAUCGCGAGUUGGUACCCUCCGUUAGUGCGGGUGAAUUGGCGCAUUAUGAGAAAGUGCGGGCGACGUUUGAGGGUGGUGGUGCCAAGGAUAAAUCCAGUGGUGGAAACAGCCAUGGGAAUGCGAGUAGAAACGGUAGUGUGGCGCCCACCAGCGCGAGACUGGGCUUACCAGGGACGGGCGGAGCUGGCGGCCGGCGAACGGUGUCAGGGGCUUCGGCGAGGAGUGCGAGUAGUAAGGGUAAGGGUAAAGCCAUUCUCAGCGGCGGGUUGUCGAAUAAGGGGAAGGGCAAAGCGGUUGCGUUGGGGAGCGAGGAUGAGUUUGAGCAUCAUCAUGGUGAUGAUGGAAAUGGGGAGGAUGGGGGCUUAUUUGUGAGGGAUAAGGGGAAGGGGAAGGAGGUUACGCCGCCUAUUGCUGAUGGUGCGCCGUUUGGGGAUGUCGCGGGUAGUAACGAUGACGGGUUGUACGACUAG